AAACCUCCAUUUGCGACUAUAUAAAUAUAAUUAAACCUCAAUAAAAUUUUUAAAUUGAAUGUUAUACAAAUUCUCGAGUCCAAUCUACAAAAAAAAAAAGGAUUAAAAAGCACUAUAAAAUAUUGAGAACUAAAUUGAGACUUAGUAAAUAUUUAAAGGACUAUUCUAGCAAUUCCCUUCUCCCAUUGCUCGAACGGCCGUAAAACCCCUUUGAUUCGUUAAGUAUUUUCCUCGACCAAACCUCCCAGACAAAAAGUCGCAAAGGGCAAAUAGCCUCCCCCUUUGUUCUUCUUUCUUCUCUGGUCUUCCUUACGGUGGCGACCCAUAUCUAUCUGUCCAUAGAUAGCAAUAUUUUCAGAUGAGAGUAAAGAAGCAGAAACGCCAUCGAAAAGCUUUCAGAUUCUAUACAGCUUGCUUUGGUUUCAGGGAGCCUUUUAAAGUUCUGUGUGAUGGAACUUUUGUGCACCACCUGCUUCUCAAUAAGAUCACUCCUGCUGAUACUGCGUUGGCUAAUGCUUUAGGUGCCCCAGUAAAGAUUUUUACUACCAGAUGUGUUCUUGGCGAGUUGAGAAGCCUUGGUGACUCCUAUGCUGAAUCUCUUAAUGCAGCUCGUAACCUGUUAACCGCAAGAUGUGACCAUGAGAAACAGAAGAGUGCUAUCAGUUGCAUAACUGAUAUUAUUGGAGAAAACAAUUCUGAGCAUUUCUUUGUGGCUACUCAGGAUGCUGAAUUACAGAAGAAAUUCAAAAGGUUUGUUCAAUGUUUUCUUCUCCACAACACCAUAGCAUCUAGUCUCUCUCACUUUAUGCUAACUUUGUUGGUUGACAUUAGACAGCUAUCUGAUUUUUUUUGCAUUUUAAAGUCCAAGUAUUUGCCUCAUGUAGUUGCAUAUGGUUUUGGUUUGCUUAACUUUCAUAGGCAAGGUAUAAGGUGUUAAUAUGAUGGAAAUGGCAGGUUCCAUAGAUCACUGUCCGUGAUUGAUUCCAGAGUUUUUUUUUUUUGGCUUAGAAUCGGUGCGGUGAGUAGAAACACUUCAUUGCUGAUUGCUAUGGAUCAAAAUUGGAGUUUGGAGUUUGGAGAAGGGAUUAGGGUUAAGCCAUUAAGGGGAAAAGGAAUUAGAGACGGCAGGCAAUUUCGGCAAUUGUAGAGGAAGCAAGAAGACCAAAGCAGCGCAAAGAACAUACUGACUGUAGGGCUGUGCAUCGAAAUCGAAAGCGGUAAUUCGAAAGUUGAAAUCGGAAAUUUUCGAAAUUUUGACUGGAAUUUUCCCGACUGAAUUCGAUUUCGAAAUGGCCAAUUCUGAUUUUGAAUUCGAUACCGAAUUAAAUUUGGAAUUCUUUUUUUUCUCCUCUCUUGUUCAAAAAGGGAAAAACCUGUUCAAAUUUAAUGCAGUCCCCUUGGAUUC